CCACAUUCUGUGUACUGUGGGAGACCAAAUAUAGUGAAUGCAGGGUCCUGGGAGACCAAAUAUAGUGAAUGCAGGGUCCGGGGAGACCAGAUAUAGUGAAUGAAGGGUCCGGGGACACCAGAUAUAGUGAAUGCAGGGGUCCAGGGAGAGCGGAUAUAGUGAAUGCAGGGUCUGGGGAGACCAGAUAUAGUGAAUGCAGGGGUCCAGGGAGAGCGGAUAUAGCGAAUGCAGGGUCUGGGGAGACCAGAUAUAGUGAAUGCAGGGUCUGGGGAGACCAGAUCUAGUGAAUGCAGGGUCUUGGGAGACCAGAUAUAGUGAAUGCAGGGUCUGGGGAGA